AUGACAUCAAGAAUCAAGUCACAAGAAGCCCCAAGCAAUGUCUCCGGCUCAUUGUCCCCAUCACCAUCGCCAACAAUCAUGCCACAGCCACCUGCUGUCGAGGAGCCGUAUUGCAUUUUCGAUACCCUUUCCGGCUUUGCCUCAAACAUAUACUUCCCAGCUCUGCCAACCAUUGCCCAAGACCUCAAUGUUUCGGUGGAACUCGUCAAUCUGACCGUCACGUCGUAUCUCAUAUUCCAGGGCAUAGCCCCAAGCCUCUGGGGUCCCCUGUCCGAUGUCAAGGGCCGGCGCACCGCAUACUGCUGCACAUUCGUCGUCUUCAUCGGGGCAUGUAUUGGCCUAGCCGAGACGAAAAAUUACGCGACGCUGCUGGUCCUGAGGUGUCUGCAGAGCACGGGCAGCGCGAGCACCAUCGCAAUAGGCUCGGGUGUGAUUGGGGAUGUCACCACCCGAGCUGAGCGUGGGGGCCUCAUGGGCAUUUUCCAGGCCGGUCUGCUUGUGCCUGUUGCCGUCGGCCCCAUUAUCGGUGGCGCCUUGGCAGGAUCUCUUGGCUGGAGGUCCAUAUUCCUAUUCUUGACUAUCUACGGCGCAGUUUUCCUGGCUGCUUUGAUCGUGCUCCUGCCCGAGACCUUGAGAUCAAUCGUUGGCAAUAGAGGCGGCAUGUCGCCAAAUUUGUUGGUCAAAUAUCCCUUGACGGCAUAUCAAAAGCUCACCAAAUUGCCAUGGAACCCGGAUGUGGUCGGCCCGCCUCCGCCCGCAAAGCAAAUCGACUGGACCGGCCCAUUUCACAUACUCUUCAGCAAACUCGCAGCCCCGAUCAUCGUGUUCCUGGCUAUUUACUACGCCGUCUGGCAGAUGAGUAUCACCGCGCUGUCCUCCCUCUUCACAGAGCGCUACGGCCUCGACGAGACUCAAGUCGGGCUGACCUUCAUCGCCAACGGAAUCGGUUCGAUGAUCGGUACCCUGAUCACCGGCCGCAUCCUCGACAUGAACUACCGGCGUGUCAAGGCCAGCCAUAAGUCCCGAUCACAUCAAGCCGAUGCUGAGAUGGGCGUAGGUCAAGGCCAGCCGCUAGACGCUUUUCCUCAAGAGGAGGCGCCCCUCGAGGCGGCACGCCUCCGCCUGGUCCCUGUGUUUGCCAUUGUCCAGUGUGUGUCCAUCCUCGGGUAUGGCUGGUCCGUCCACUACGCACCGCGGGUCCACAUCGCCGUCCCCAUCAUAACUACCUUCAUCACCGGCUGGACCGCCGUCUCCACGCAGUCCAUCGUCAUGACAUAUCUCGUCGACAUCUUCUCCGACCGGAGCGCCGCCGCUAGCGCUAGCCUCAACCUUGCCCGGUGUCUCUUUGCUGCUGGCGGCACGAGCUUUGUUAUGCCCAUGGUCAACGGCAUCGGGGCCGGGUUGGCGUUCACAAUCUGUGUUAUUGUGCAGAUGCUCGCGCUUUCCGGGGUCGCUCUUACGUGGAGAUUUGGCGCGAGGUGGAGGCAGGAAAAAGAAGAUCAGAGGAUAAAGCUGCAGGGGACCAGUAAAUGA